AUGAUUGCUACGCGUACCUCGGUGCUGCUCGCUUUCAGGCCUUUUCAACAUGGCUCUCGAUUAAACCAGCUUGACCAGAAUAUCCUUCUUUCAUUAUACAAUUCCUCUCCUCGACACUCCCGGAUAUCAUCCCGCACUUUGCAUGGAUGGGCGCGGUCGAAGGCUUCCAUCAAUCCGAGCCAAUUUCCUUCAUUGAAGCUGCUCAACGGUUCUGCGCCAAGGCCAGAUCGACUCAAUGUGCCCUUCCAGCCCAGCAUAGCUGCCCGGGCGGUAUACUUUUCGAGCGGUCGCACACUUUACGAAACUCCUACGCCGGUUAUUAAGGAGCAGCAGCGAUCCAAAUCCAUCGAUGAGGCGGAUGACGAGGAUGCAUUUCACAGAUCUGAAAAAGCACAUCAGGCCUCGCACGUGAAUCUCAGCGCUCGACUGUCAAAAGAGGGUGCUGCGGGCAAGAACGCUGGGUUUGGGGAGAUAUGGCGGUUGAUCAAGAUUGCACGUCCAGAAGCAAAAGUCCUUGCGCUGGCAUUUCUCCUGCUCCUGAUCUCGUCCUCCAUCACCAUGUCGAUACCGUUUUCAAUUGGCAAGAUCCUGGAUAUUGCGACCAAAGGGGGUGCGAAAACGGAGGGUGCCGAAUUGGAGCAGAAGUCUGAUAUGCUCUUUGGGCUCAGCUUGACAACAUUCUACACCGCCCUUGUCUGUAUUCUUGCGACGGGUGCCGCGGCCAAUUACGGACGCAUCAUCAUCCUUCGAAUUGUGGGCGAGAGGAUUGUGGCGAGACUCCGAUCCAGGCUGUUCCGGCAAACCUACAUUCAAAAUGCCGAGUUUUUCGAUGCAAAUCGUGUAGGCGACUUGAUUUCCAGACUCAGCUCCGACACCAUCAUCGUCGGCAAGUCGAUUACCCAAAAUCUUUCCGAUGGACUCCGCGCUUUCGUCAGUGGAGCUGCUGGCUUUGGCUUGAUGGCAUGGGUGUCCCUAAAGUUGACCGGUAUUCUGGCGCUACUGUUUCCCCCUGUCGCACUUGGUGCAUUCUUUUAUGGGCGAGCGAUCCGGAAUCUGAGUCGAAAGAUCCAAAAGAACGUCGGCACGUUAACGAAGAUUGCAGAAGAAAGGCUCGGCAAUGUGCGAACUUCACAGGCGUUUGCAGGUGAAAUUCUCGAAGUCCAUCGGUACAACACGCAGGUGCGCAAGAUCUUCGAGCUGGGAAAAAGAGAAUCGAUCAUCAGUGCCACUUUCUUCUCUUCCACUGGAUUCAUGGGCAACAUGACCAUAUUGUCGCUCCUCUAUGUCGGCGGUGGUAUGGUGUCGAGCGGAACAAUCAGUAUUGGAGAGCUCACCUCUUUUCUCAUGUACACUGCGUACGCAGGUUCCUCGCUCUUUGGGCUUUCGUCGUUCUACUCGGAGUUGAUGAAAGGCGUGGGAGCCGCAUCACGCUUGUUCGAACUCCAGGACAGAGAGCCAACCAUAUCUCCCACAAAAGGUGAAAAGGUGGUAUCAGCACGAGGCCCCAUUCGGUUCGAGAAUCUCUCCUUCAGCUACCCUACUCGACCGGCAGUGAGUAUCUUUAGGAAUCUGGAUUUCGAAAUUCCUCAGGGCGCCAAUGUCGCCAUUGUCGGUCCAUCCGGCGGUGGAAAGAGCACGAUUGCCUCUCUGAUCUUGCGGUUCUACACACCUACCGAAGGCCGCAUUUUGAUCGAUGGCAGGGAUAUUGCGACGAUGAACGUCAAAUCUCUCAGACGCAGGAUCGGCAUCGUGUCACAAGAACCAGUCUUGUUUUCCGGCACCAUAGCCGAGAACAUCGCCUACGGCCGCCCUCAUGCAACCCGCGCGGAGAUUAUGCGUGCAGCCAGACGAGCCAACUGCCAAUUCAUUAGCGAUUUCCCAGAAGGACUUGACACUCCCGUCGGCGCCCGGGGCACCCAGCUGUCUGGUGGCCAAAAGCAGCGCAUUGCCAUUGCUCGAGCCCUGGUCAAGGAACCCGACAUCUUGAUCUUGGAUGAGGCCACAUCCGCACUUGAUGCGGAGUCUGAGACCUUGGUCAACGAAGCGCUGGCCUCGCUGCUAAGAGGUAGUAACACGACAAUCUCCAUUGCGCACCGUCUUUCGACCAUCAAACGAUCUGACACCAUCAUAUGUCUGGGUAGCGAUGGACGUGUUGCGGAGAUGGGCAGCUACAAGGAACUCAGCAGUCGGCCCGACGGUGCUUUCACGAAGUUGAUGGAAUGGCAAAUGAGUGGCGGCGAGAGAGCACAGGAUGAUGUGGACAAAUUGGCCAUCGACCCGGAACAUAUUAAAGGUCCGCCAACGGAGAAAGACGAGAUCGAAGUGGAACUGGAAGAACCGAGUGAGGGCGAGGGCGAGGAGGAUCUCGAAGCCAGCAAAGCGCCAGAGACUGCCAACCAAGCAGUGCAAGAGAAGAAGACGUGA